AUGUCUUCAGCACUCAACGCGAUCAAGAUUCGUCGCAAGAAGAAUGUCAAGAAGGGAAUUCAGUUUUGUUUGAUGGUCUGCGGUGCUAGCGGAACCGGACGCACAACUUUCGUCAACACUCUCUGCGGCAAGCAGGUCUUGGAGGGCAAGGAUGCCGAUGAUGCUGCCAACGCUCACCUUGAGGAGGGUGUUCGCAUCAAGCCCGUCACUGUUGAGCUCGAACUCGACGAUGAGGGAACCCGUAUCUCCCUGACUAUCGUUGAUACGCCCGGAUUCGGCGACCAGAUUGACAACGAGGCCAGGCAUCGCCAAUACGAUGAUAUUCUUGCGGAGGAGUCACGAAUCAAGCGUAACCCCCGCUUCAGAGACAACAGAGUCCACGUCCUGCUUUACUUCAUCACACCCACCGGCCACGGUCUGCGUGAACUCGAUAUCGAACUGAUGAAGCGCCUGUCUCCCCGUGUUAACGUCAUCCCCGUCAUUGGAAAGGCUGACUCCCUCACCCCCGCCGAAUUGGCCGAGUCUAAAAAGUUGAUCAUGGAGGAUAUCGAGCACUACCGUAUCCCUGUUUACAACUUCCCUUACGACAUCGAGGAGGAUGACGAAGACACCGUUGAGGAGAACGCUGAGCUGCGUGGUCUGAUGCCCUUCGCCAUUGUUGGAUCCGAGGACUUUGUGGAAAUCGAUGACCGCAAAGUGCGCGCGCGCCAGUACCCAUGGGGUGUUGUCGAGGUUGAGAACCCUCGUCACUCUGACUUCCUCGCUAUUCGCAGUGCCCUGUUGCACAGCCACCUGGGUGACCUGAAGGAGAUUACACACGACUUCCUUUACGAGAACUACCGUACCGAGAAGCUCAGCAAGAGCGUCGAUGGUGCUUCUCCAUCCGGCCAAGAUUCUUCCAUGAACCCCGAGGAUCUUGCUUCCCAGUCCGUGCGCCUCAAGGAGGAGCAGCUUCGCCGCGAGGAGGAGAAGUUGCGCGAGAUCGAAAUCAAGGUCCAGCGCGAGAUUGCCGAGAAGCGACAGGAGCUGUUGGCCCGCGAGAGCCAGCUUCGCGAGAUCGAGGCUCGCAUGCAGCGAGAGCAGCAAGCCAACGGCGAAGCUACCAACGGAGAGGCCUAG